CACUGUACGGCUCGGACAUACACCGGUGCUUUUGCCGGACAACGUUGAGGGCCUCAAAAUUCGAACUACCCUGAACUAAACACGGAGCGUUCUGUCACCAUGGAGACAAGUGAAGUUUAGAACCAGCGCACUGCAGAGGAACUCCUGCAAUUAUGUCCAAGUCCCCUUAUCCUACAGGGUCCAACCUCAAGCCCCCUGAGGACUGCAGAAAGACGAGGAGGAUCAUUGCUGAAGAUCCAGACUGGUCCCUGGCUAUAGUGCCUUUUCUAUCAAACCUCUGCCUGCAAAGCAUUGUGAGAAACUUCGAGGAAAAGCCUAUAUUUGAAGAACUUACACCCAACCAGAGAGACUUCAUUCAGGAGAGACUGUCUACUUCCCUGCCUCUGUGUGUGACAGCCAACUUGAUCAGCGAUGGCGUCUACUGGAAGCGGUGCUGCGAGCAGCAGUGGGACCUUUGUGAUGUCUCACAUUAUGGCCACAGCUGGAAACGAAUGUUCUUUGAGAGGCGCAUGGAGAGCAUUAUUGAGCUUUUUAUUCCAGAUGUAACAGAGCCAGAGACAGUUCUAGAGAUGGUCCCACUCUGCAAAAACUACAUCAAGAGGCUGGAUAUCUCCCAGCUGCUACCACCUGUCAAGGAGCCCCAGAAGGAGGAAGAGGAACAUGGCUCAGAUUUGGCAAGUGAGAAUGAGUAUGAUAGGCCCUCUAUGGACCACUUUGACUUUAGCAUCCUGCUUGACAAGCUGACCAGCCUGGAGGAACUCCAUUUGGUAUACAGAGUCAAACAGUGUGGUAUGAACUUUGAAUGGAAGAUGUUUGAGAUGACCGACCGAGAUUGUGAGUCCCUCGCUAAGGCCCUUAAGUCCUGUAAAACUUUGAAGCUUCUGAGGCUCCAUCAAAGCCACAUUGAGGAUAAAAAGUGCCGGCUGCUGGUGAAAUACCUUCUGGACCACCCGUCCCUGAGGGAGCUCGACUUUUCUCAUAACCUGAUCGGUGACAGAGGAGCCAGAGCCAUCGGCAAGCUGCUCACCAGGAGUAAACUGAAGGUCCUGAACGUGUGUGACAAUGAUAUUAGAGACCCAGGGGCCAAAGCUAUAGCUCAUGCCUUGUCCAAGAACUCCACUCUUUUGUCCCUCAACCUGCGUCUCAACCGUCUGAGAGAUGAGGGGGGUCGGGCCAUAGGUAAGACCUUGCUGAACAACAACACCCUCCGUCACCUGCACCUGGGAGGCAACAAGGUGACAGGGCCUACUGCCAUUGCGCUGUCUAAAGUGCUAGCUCAGAAUAACACCCUGAAGAGCAUCAAUCUCUCCUGCAACAACCUGGGUGAGGAUGGAGGUAAGGCUCUGGAGGAGGCGAUGUCUGACAACACCAGCGUAACAGAAUGUGAUAUCCGCCUGACCGAGGUUCACGAGCAGGUCGUUUCCUUCAUUAACCAGGUGGUUUGGACCAACCAGAGUCUAGAACGAAAGAAACAAGCUCAACAGAAGAAAACCAAGUAGACACCAACAGUUCCUCUUUGUAAUACAAAUCAAUCUUUAUUAGUCAUUGAUCCUUUAAGCAUAUAUUAAUUCGAAAGCAGUAUGUGCCAACACUGCAUCUCAAACCACCAGCUAAAUUUAACCAAAUUUCAUCUACACCACAGAAGUUAUAGCUGCGUUCUAGUGUUCAUCUAAGGUAUUUCUGCUUAAGGAAACUCUCAUAAGAUAAUAAUAAUAAUAGCAAUAAUACUCAUAAUCAUAAUACUUAUUAAUUUGCUUUGGAUUUGUGCGCCCAUUUUGAUGUUUGAGAUAAUUCAGGAAAUGUACAUGCUGUCACAACUUUAAACAAAACUUGAAAAAAAAACUACAAGCACUAAAACAGUCAUUAUGUUGUCAGCUGUAUGCCACACAUUAAAACAUAGUCCGUUACAGCAAUUUUUGUAAUUAAUUUCUGACACAUAUUUUAGUGAGCAUUUCAGUUUAUUGAAGAGCUUUUUUUUCCAUUUUGAUACACAGAUUUGGUAUUCAGUCCUUAUGUAACAUCAAGGCAACGUUGUGGUGGUGUUGGAAUACAUACAGACUUGCGUUGUUUGUUUGUUUUUGUAUUUUUCUUAACCUAUAUCUACUGGUUAAUAGUGUAACAUCUUUGCUAGGCCGCAACCAAAAAAAUCUAAAAUUCCAAUUUUUAACCUUGCAGAAGUAACUGGUUUUGUAGAAUCAUAAAAAGAAAGGCAAAGCUAUUCUGUAGGUUUACUGUGGACUAAUUCAGCCAAAAAUACGAACAUCAAUCUACAAUUACUGAGAAUCUUUAGUAAUUACUAUCAACAGUCAUUGAACUUUCCCUUAACAAGAUUUGUACCAUAGGUGUUUAUGUGUAUGUGUGUGUGCACCCUGUCCUACAUCAGUCAAAUCAUUCUGACAACAAUUUUAGCUAAAUUAAAGUGUAUCAAAUAUAAUUAGAUUAAAUAGACUAAAAAGAAGCAAGUCAGUUUAAAGCAGCACAAAGAUGUUAUAGGCUGCUUUGCCUGUAGCAUUUUAAAAGGGAUUGCAUUGCCAUCUGUGACUUAACGGCCUCACCCUUGAAUAUCUGCAGAUCAAAAAUGUCCCCUGCUCCGGUUACCACUAAGUGUGUGUGACACAUUCAUCUAAGCACAAGAUCCACAUCGACAGUCAUUCUAACCUCUCAUCUCUAUUUGUAUUUACAGUACAAAACCUUUCUGCCCUACAGUCUUGUAAAUUCACAAAAAAUUAUUAAAAUAUAAAAAGAUGAGCCCCAGAGCAUUCUUGAGUGAAAGAGUACAUAUCAUAACAACCUAAUCUACUUAAUAGACACAAUAAAGGGUUC